GCCCCAGCAUCGUCAUCGCCCUGGCCGGCAACAAAGCCGACCUGGCCAGCAAGCGCAUGGUGGAGUACGAGGAGGCGCAGGCCUACGCAGAUGACAACAGCCUCCUGUUCAUGGAGACGUCGGCCAAGACGGCGAUGAACGUCAACGACCUCUUCCUGGCCAUCGCCAAGAAGCUGCCAAAGAGCGAGCCCCAGAGCACGAGCGGCGCGGCGGGGAGGAGCAGAGGCGUGGACCUCCACGAGCAGAGCCAGCAGAACAAGAGCCAGUGCUGUAGCAACUGAAGGGCGGCCGGCGGCAGCGCGGGCGAGGAAGAGCGAAGCCGUUAACGUGUCCCCCCCCCCGCCCCCCCCCCCCCAAGUCCUCCACACCCCCUCCGUUCCGGCACACUGAGACCCUGGGCAGCAGCCCCCCCCCCCCCCCCCCAGCUCCGUCUAACUGCACUUUUUAACGCUUCAGAGCCGCCGCCGGAGCCC